GUUUUAAUAUCAUUAUCGAAACCUUAAAAAAAAAGGAAUCUAAAAAUUUUCUUCGACAUUCUCUCAACGCCCCAUUCUCCCCAAAACGUCCAUCCCCUCCAUCACGAAAGCGACACCAUCUUCCUUUCUAACACCUCCACUCCGCCCAUUCCUCCGUCAUAUAGAAAGAACCGCCAAGAUGAUGUCUCUUCGGGCUGUCGCGCGCUCUGCGCCCCGGGCCACGGCUCUCACCCGCGCGUCGUCGACAGUGGUUUCCUCCAUGAUGGGCCGGACCCAGGCGUCGGCCCGUGUCGCCGGUAGUAGCCUCAAGAGCGCUUUCCUGCGCCCUCAACAACUCUCAGCUUUCUCGACGUCGCUCCUGCGGAGGAGCCCCCUGAGUGAGACAGACGAGGAGCUCUCGGCCAAGCUGGCCGGCGAGAUCGAGUUCGAGAACGAGCUCGACGACACGGCGUCGAUCCCUUCCAAUGUCAAGGACUACAUAGAGAACGGCCCGUUCGAGCUCAAGGACACGGCCGGCGCCGAGGAGGUCGUGCUGACCCGCACAUUCGGUGACGAGAAGAUCACAGUCACUUUCUCGAUCAGCGAUAUCCACAACUUCGACCAGGAUGCGUUUGAUGAGGACCCGGCACUUGCCGACGAGAUGGAGGAUGGCGAGGGGCGCAAGGAGGGCGAGGAUGGCGAGGGCUUUGACGGCGAAGACAACGAGCCGCCAAUCCGGUGCCGGUUGAACGUAGUGGUGGAGAAGCCCGGCAAGGGUGCGCUCCAGGUCGAGGCGGCGGCGCAGGACGGUGUCGUGGUCGUGGAGAACCUCUACUACUACAAGGACGCUGCGCUGGCGCACGCCGGCAGCCCCGAUGCCGUCCACAAGGCUCAGGAUGUUUACCCCGGUCCGCCAUUCAACAGCCUGGACGAGGACCUGCAAGUGCUGAUGGAGCGCUACCUCGAGGACCGCGGCAUCUCGCAGCCGCUCGCCCUCUUCGCGCUCGACUAUAUUGGCGUGAAGGAGCAGAAGGAGUACGGCCAGUGGCUCAAGAACCUCAAGGGGUUCAUCGAUGCCUAAACGGCGGAUGAUGUAGUGACGACGGCUGCGGCCUGGAAAAGGGGUGUCUCUGACGGGGAAGGGUCUGUGUAUUUGAUAAUCCUUGUGUAUAUCUUGUAAUUUCUUUCUCUCUUCCCACUCUACUUGACACAAACCUGUACGAUAGUUGGAGGUAGCAGUCCAUUCUACCUGGGAGAGGCGCGGUAGUCAUCUUGGGAAGGAAGGAUGCAAGCGAAGCUAUCCGAAAAUUACCUAUGGCCUUAUAUCUUUGCGCACUAUUGCGCGUGUCAAUUCCGCGUUUCUAACAACGAUUGUAUGUGUUACGU